CCUAGCAUCCCACAGUACCUCCUCUCUCCCUGCUCACAGGACCCACAGUUACCACUUUAGGCUCCUACGAGGUGUCUGAGGGUUGUGAGAGGAAGAAAGGUCAACGCUGGGGGUCCCUAGAACGACGGGGGAUGCAAGCUAUGGAGGGGGAAGUGUUACUCCCAGCUCUCUAUGAAGAGGAAGAGGAGGAAGAAGAGGAGGAAGAAGAAGUGGAGGAAGAGGAUGAUCAAGUGCAGAAAGGUGGCAGUGUGGGCUCCCUGUCAGUCAGCAAGCACCGAGGCCUGAGCCUCACGGAGACCGAGCUGGAGGAGCUGAGGGCUCAGGUGCUGCAGCUGGUGGCGGAGCUGGAGGAGACCCGGGAACUGGCAGGGCAGCAUGAGGACGACUCCUUGGAGCUGCAGGGGCUCCUGGAGGAUGAGCGGCUGGCCAGUGCCCAGCAGGCAGAGGUGUUCACCAAGCAGAUCCAGCAGCUCCAAGGUGAGCUGCGGUCUCUACGGGAGGAGAUUUCCCUGUUAGAGCGUGAAAAAGAAUGUGAACUUAAGGAAAUAGAACAGGAGUUGCAUCUGGCCCAGGCUGAGAUCCAGAAUCUGCGGCAAGCAGCAGUGGAUUCUGCGACUGAACAUGAGAGUGACAUAGCCUCCCUGCAGGAGGAUCUCUGCCGGAUGCAGAAUGAACUCGAGGACAUGGAGCGCAUCCGGGGAGAAUAUGAGAUUGAGAUCACCUCCCUCCGUGCAGAAAUAGAAAUGAAGAGAUCUGACCCAUCCAAUAGUUUAAGUCUCUCAGAUUUCUCUGAGAUGCAAGAAGAGUUGCAGCAACUGCGGGACCGCUACCACUUCCUGAGUGAGGAGUACCGAGCCUUGCAGGACAGCAACAGCAGCCUCACCGGGCAGCUUGCAGAUCUGGAGAGUGAGAGGACGCGAAGAGCAACAGAAAGGUGGCUGGAGUCCAAAACGGAACGGAGUACGAUGUCAACGGAGUCUCAGACUUCAGAAGCGGAUUUCCUAGAGCCUGAUCCUGAAACCCAGUCAUUGCGAAAGCAGCUGCUGGGAGCUGAGGAGCAAAUGCAUGACAUGCAGAACAAGUGUAAGAAAUUGUGUUGUGAGUUGGAAGAGCUACGGCAUCAUCGCCGGACGAGUGAGGAGGAACAGAGGCGGCUGCAGAGGGAGCUCAAGUGUGCACAGAAUGAGAUGCUUCGGUUUCAGACUUCCCACAAUGUCACCCAGAACGAGGAGCUGAGGAGCAGACUCUGUACCCUGCAGCAGAAGUACGAUACUAGCCAGGAUGAGCAGAAUGAGCUCCUGAAGGUGCAGCUACAACUUCAGGCUGAGCUCCGGCAGCUCAGAGUCACGAAACCCACAGUCAUAGAAAGCCAGAGUGAGAAGGAGUUACUGUGCCGGCUCCAGAAGCUGCAGCUGCAGUACCAGAACAUCAUGUGUGAGAAGGACAAGCUGCUGGACGUGCAGCAGCAGCUGCGGGAGAACCUGCAGUGCCACGAGGCAGAGGUGCAGCACCUCAAGGGCAUCGUGGCCUGCUUCCAAGAGAGCAGUGAGAAGAAUGCAGAGAUGCACGCCCAGCUGCAGGAGAUGAAGCGGCUGUGCCAGACCAGCACGGAUGCGCUGGAGCAGCAGAAGCACAUGUAUGAUCAGCUCGAGCAGGACUUCCUGCUCUGUCAGCAGGAGCUGACGCAGCUCAAGACCACCCAGCCCAUACCAGAGGACAAGGGAAAAUAUGCUAAUAAGUGUGAUGCACUGCUCUUCAGACUGACAGAAUUGCAGGAAAGGUACAAGGCCAGCCAGAAGGAGAUGGAGCAGCUGCAGAUGGAGCAGUGCGAGCUCCUGGAGGAGCAGAGGAGGAUGCAGGAGGAGCAGGGCCAGCUGCAAGAAGAGCUUCACAGACUCACGUUCCCGAUACCCAAGUCUGGUCUCUUCCACAAGAGUCAGGAGCUUCUUACAAAGUUGCAAGACCUGUGUGAACUACAGAUGCUCUACCAGGGCAUGCAGGAGGAGCAGAAAAAACUGAUACAGAAUCAAGAAUGUGUAUUAAAAGAACAAUUAGACCUGCACGGAGCACUGCAACAUUUUAAGGAGUCUGGUUUCCAGGAAGUGUUGGAGAAUCCCAAGGAUUCCAAAUCACCUAAGUCCUCAAAAUGUGGUCAUAACAAGUCCAAGAUGAUCAUUGCCCAGAUGCAGGCUCUGCAGGAGAUGUACGAGGCCAGUCAGAUCGAGCAAGAGCUGCUGCAGCAGGAGCAGGAGAGGCUUCUAGAGGAGCGGAAGAGGCUGCAGGCCGACUUGCAGCUCUGCUUGGAAGAAAUGCAGCUGUUCCAAGUCCAGUCCCCGUCAAUAAAAAUGAGCCUUGAGUCCUACAAGAAGAGUUACGGUAGCACGAGCACCAGCAGCGAGAACUGUUGCAAGAGUUAUGGUUGUAAUAUUGAUGAUGAGGAGAGCUAUCACAAGAGUUACAUGAGCAGCCAGGCCAGUAAGGAGAGCUUUCUCAGGAGCUACACCAGCAGCACCAGUACCGCCGACACCUAUGAGAAGAGCUACCGCAGCAGCAGCAGCAGCGUUACCUGUAAGAGGAGUUACGGCAUCAGCAGUAGCUCUGACACCUGUCACAAGAGUUACAUCAGCAGCAGCACCGACGACGAGGUUGCUGAGCCUGAAGAUAUGGAGCACUUUGAGGACAUGGUUGCCAAGGUGUUGGUCAAGCUGCAGGGAGUGCAGGCCAUGUACCAGUUCAGCCAGGAGGAGCACAACCUGCUGCAAGAGCAGAUGAAAAAGCUGCUGGACCAGCAGAAAGAGCUGAAGGAAGAACUGGAUGCCUGUGAGAAGGAAUUCGAGGAGUGCAUGGAAUGCCUCGAGAAGCCCGAGAAGCCCGCUGGCUCUCAAAAUGACAAGAACGAGAUCAGAGAACUGCAGGCCAAGCUGCGGGAGCUGCAGCUGCAGUACCAGGCUAGCAUGGACGAGCAGGGGAGGCUCCUGGCCGUGCAGGAGCAGCUGGAGGGGCAGCUGCAGUGCUGCCAGGAAGAGCUUCGCCAGCUCAAAGAAGGCAAGGGAAAGAAUGGCUAUAAGAACAUGAACAAGAAUGCCAAUGGGGUCAAAAAUAAAAAGGUGGCCAAGCCAAGCCUGGAGAGUUCUGAGGGCAACUUUGAGACCAGAAAGAGUCUGGAGGUGGUGCUGUACUACAAGGCCAGUCACAUGACUUUAGACGAUCUAACAAAAGAGGAACAGAAAGAGGAGAAGAAGGAGGAAAUCGAGGAGGAAAUGAAGGAGGAGUCCUGGGAUGAACUAGUUUCUGGAUCACCAGAUCCUAGCGAGGUUAAAUCCGAAGAAGAUCAGGAGGAGGUAACCAAAGAGUUCCGCAGCCAGGAGGGUAAGGAAGACGACGACCAAGAGGAGGAUGACGAUGAGACUUCAGAGGGAAGCAACUCCCUCAAACUUUCUGAGAGCAAAAAGGCCUGGUGGUCAUAUCGGCUUUGCUCUGGUGCUGGUGGGCUGAGACGUCGUCCUAACACAGAACAUGUUUGGGAUGUGGAAGCCUAUGGUGUUCUUGGCUCUUGCAGCUGUGGCUCUAUAUGUGUUACCCAACAUGCGACCGCAGGAGACAGAGUUCUGCCUCAUGGAGUGAUGGCAGACCUGGGCCAGCCGAGGGGGCAGAUCCCCAGUGGCCACUACACUCAGCUUUGGGCAGGACACACUGUGCCAGAGCCCCCACCCCACCCAUGUGUUCCAUGUGUCCCCAUCUCCUUAGCCUCAGCCACUCAGGCUGGAAAGGCUCAUGGGGAACUGCUGGCUCCCAUCUCCUGCCUUGUGUAAGAACCUGGGUUCCUUGUAAUUAAAUAUCAACUGAAUUACA